CGAGAUUUGAAUUUCCUCUGCGUGCAGUCAAUGCCCGCGCAGAGGUUGAGUUUCACGGCGGUAUUCUCACCAGGCCCUGCAACCAGUGGGCCACAGUGCCGGCCACAGAGAUGGUGGAAGGACCAGGCUGUACUCUGAAUGGAGAGAAGAUUCGCGCGCGGGUGCUCCCGGGCCAGGCGGUGACCGGCGUGCGGGGAAGCGCUCUGCGGAGCCUGCAGGGCCGCGCCUUGCACCUCGCAGCCUCCACGGCUGUGAUCUCCCCGCAGGCUGCUGCACUGAAUAAUAAUGACUCCAGCCAGAAUGUCUUGAGCCUGUUUAAUGGAUAUGUUUACAGUGGCGUGGAAACUUUGGGGAAGGAGCUCUUUAUGUACUUUGGACCAAAAGCUUUACGGAUUCAUUUCGGAAUGAAAGGCUCCAUCAUGAUUAAUCCACUUGAGUACAAAUAUAAAAAUGGAGCUUCUCCUGUUUUGGAAGUGCAGCUCACCAAAGAUUUGAUUUGUUUCUUUGACUCAUCAGUAGAACUCAGAAACUCAAUGGAAAGCCAACAGAGAAUAAGAAUGAUGAAAGAAUUAGAUGUAUGUUCACCUGAAUUUAGUUUCUUGAGAGCAGAAAGUGAAGUUAAAAAACAGAAGGGCCGGAUGCUAGGUGAUGUGCUAAUGGAUCAGAACGUAUUGCCUGGAGUAGGGAACAUCAUCAAAAAUGAAGCUCUCUUUGAUAGUGGUCUCCACCCAGCUGUUAAAGUUUGUCAAUUAACAGAUGAACAGACCCAUCACCUCGUGAAAAUGAUACGUGAUUUCAGCAUUCUCUUUUACAGGUGCCGUAAAGCAGGACUUGCUCUCUCUAAACACUAUAAGGUUUACAAGCAUCCUAAUUGUGGUCGGUGCCACUGCAGAAUAACUGUGUGCCGCUUUGGGGACAAUAACAGAAUGACAUAUUUCUGUCCUCACUGUCAAAAAGAAAAUCCUCAACAUGUUGACAUAUGCAAGCUACCGACUAGAAAUACUAUAAUCAGUUGGACAUCUAGCAGGGUGGAUCGUGUUAUGGACUCUGUGGCUUGGAAGUCUGAAGAGCACUGGACCUGUGUGGUGUGUACUUUAAUCAAUAAGCCCUCUUCUAAGGCAUGUGAUGCUUGCUUGACCUCAAGGCCUAUUGAUUCAGUGUGCAAGAAUGAAGAAAAUUCUACUGUCUUUAGCCACUUAAUGAAGUACCCGUGUAAUACUUUUGGAAAAUCCCAUACAGAAGUCAAGAUCAACAGGAAAACUGCAUUUGGAACUACAACUCUUGUCUUGACUGAUUUUAGCAAUAAAUCCAGUACUUUGGAAAGAAAGACAAAGCAAAACCAGAUACUAGAUGAGGAGUUUCAAAACUCUCCUCCUACUGAUGUUUGUUUGAAUGAUAUAAAGCACCCCUCCAAGAAGGCAACAAACGAUAUAACUCAACUAUCCAGCAAAGUAAACAUAUCACCUACAAUCAGUUCAGAAUCUAAAUUAUUUAGUCCAGCACAUAAAAAACUGAAAACAGCCCACUACUCAUCACCAGAGCUUAAAAGCUGCAACCCUGGAUAUUCUAACAGGCUACAGUGCUGUGGUGUGAUGUCAGCUCACUGCAACCUCUGCUUCCCGCGUUCAAGUGAUUCUCCUGCCUCAGCCUCCCAAGUAGCUGAGAUUACAGGCGCAUGCCAUCAGGCCCGACUAAUUUUUGUAUUUUCAGUAGAGACAGGGUUUCACCAUGUUGGCCAGGCUGGUCUCAAUCUCCUGAUCUCAAGUUAUCUGCCCACCUCUGCCUCUCAAGGUGCUGGGAUUACAGGCUUCAGCCACCACGCCCAGCCGGUUGCAUUAAGUUCUAAGAAGACAGAAAUUGUCCCUUGUGAACUUCAAAUGAGUAUGACAGAUGGCCCUCGUACCUUAAAUCCUGACAGCCCUCGCUGCAGUAAACACAACCGCCUCUGCAUUCUCCGAGUUGUGAGGAAGGAUGGGGAAAACAAGGGCAGGCAGUUUUAUGCCUGUCCUCUACCUAGAGAAGCACAAUGUGGAUUUUUUGAAUUACUCUUCAUCUGAAAUAGAACUGAAAAAAGAAAAUAUUGAUACGUUUCAGCGCUGGAGCAAAGAUUUUCUGGUUGGACUUUUUGAAAGAACAAAUAUCUGUCUUCAAUGUGAUACCUUCUUAAGGAAUUUCCCGGGGAAAACUGGAUAGUGAUUUUAGACCUCAAUCUCUGAACACAAUGUAACUCUACCCUACAAAAUUCACAGAUUUCCUCCUCAAGAAGCUUCUAUAGAUGUAAUGGGAAAAUAUUAUUAGCAAUAUUCAUGGUGUUGCUAAAAAUAUAAUAGCCUUUUUCAUAUCACUCUUGAGGUCAAAAUUAGUAAGAAUAAUAGAAUCUGGCUAAUUUAGUCUGGGUAAGUAUUUGAUUCUUUCUUUUCCUAAGGAAGUUUAAUAUUAAAAUCAUGACAAAUCUUUGAUCUUACAGGGUUUUUUUUUUGGUUGUUGUUUGAUUUUUUUAGAGACAGGGUCUCACUAUGUUGCCCAGUCUGGUUUCAAACUCUUGUGCUGAAGCUAUCCUCCCACCUCAGCCUCCCAAAGUGCCGGGAUUAAAGGCAUGAGCCACCGCGCCUUACCUGAUCUUACAGGUUUAACUGAAACAGACCUAUAGCAGGGAUAUUGGUGAUUACAGCAAGAUUUUGAUAGUUUUCAAUUAUUCUUAACAAAGUGAAGAAACUUCUGUAAAUAUACCUUUAGACAAAGGGAAGCUCAGAAUUAUGGCCAUUGUCUGCGUGAUUCAAACAAAUUUGUAAGAGAUGCUUCUUUUAGGAUAUAAGCUUUUUUAAAGGCGACGACUAAUUGUCUAUUUUACAAUGUCAAAUUAAUGAUAACAGCAGUGAAGACUAUAUGGCACUAAUCACAUGUGCCCAGGGUUAGCCUGAACAUCAUGAUAACUUUUAUAUAAACUUGUAAAUUUACCUUUUUUUCCUGCAGUGGGCAGAUUUGUCCUUCCCAUUCUGCAACCAUGGCAAACGUUGCAUCAUGAGAACAGUAUUGAAGAUUGGACCUAACAAUGGAAAGAAUUUUUUUGUGUGUCCUUUUGGGAAGGAAAAACAGUGCAAUUUUUUCCAGUGGGCAGAAAAUGGGCCAGGAAUAAAAAUUAUUCCUGGAUGCUAAUAUCUGUAGAUUCUCUGGCAUUUCGUCUCUUCAAACUGUGUAUAAUGUUUGGUCCUCGUCUGUUUCAUAGAAAAGUUGUAGAAUAUCUAUGAUACAUUGAAAAGUUACUGCAAUAUUUGAGAACUGUUCUUUUUUUUUUUCUUGUGUGUGCCAUCUUUCCAUCGUUGGCUACGUGUUUUCUUUUUGCCUUGAUGAACGUUCUAUGUAUUUCAUUGGAUAUACAGCAUAUUCCAUUUAGGAUGUGUAUUUAAUGCAUUUAGUAAUGACAAUAAAGUGUUUUUAGUAUGCUUGUAGUCUCUUGUAACUGGGGAGAAGCAGUGUUUUUUUUUAGGAAAGGAUUAUGCAACACAAUAAAAUAAGAUAUUCUGUCUGUAGUGAAUACAUUUCUCAUGUACUAACACUAUUUAUAAUAUAUGAUUAAAGAUAUUUCUUGUUUUAUUAAAUAAUAAUAAAUAAGAUCUCCUUUAUGAAGAAGUCUAUUUUUAAAAUUCUGUGCAACCAACAUUAAGUUCCUGUUAGAUGCUGGGGCUAUGCCAAACCUUGUAUGACUUCCAAUUUGUGUUCUCAUGUAAAGUGAUGGGGAUGCAGACUAUAAAAGUAACAUUUAAGAAAAGAAGAACUUGCGUGUAGGUGUUUAAAAGAGAGAUUGAUUUAUAUUUUUCUAAUGCCUUCUCCCCGCUGCUUUUAUUUAAAUUUUAGCACAGAUCACUAUGAUUGUUCCUCCUCGAUAAAAAGUCACUCUUAAGGUGUUUCUGUAUGCUUGUAAAAAAAAGUCCUGUCAGAGAUGGUUGAAUCUAUUUUUUCUUAAAGGACAGCACAAAGGUGGCUUGAACCACUUUCCUAUUCUACCACUAAUUUUUCCAUGCAGAGCUAUAGAAGUUAAUAGCACAUGAAAUUAUUGGCAAGAACAAAACAUGUUUUAUAGUUUUAUAAGUAUUUUGUUUUGACUCUACACUGAAAAGACAGGACCAACCUAGGAUGAGUGAUCUUCACCCAAAUUGCUCAACAGGGCAGUGACUCUACAGAACGGACCAGGAACUGGACUGGACAGUUGACAGUCUUAGCUGCCCUGACGUGAAGUACAUAGAGAGUACAUUAAGAAGGAAACUGCAAGCUAAUUGUGCAAUAAAGAGGAAAAAAGGUCCACUGCAAAAAGGACUUCCAUGAAGUCUGGUCUCCAAAAAUGUGCAUGUUAAUUACACGGAAAUGUAAGUAAAUGAAACAAUAGGUUAUAUGAUAAACUUACAUCCUUAUCCUAAUAAGAAAUGUACAGGAUCUAUAUGAGGAAACUUUUUUGAGACAGGGUCUCACUCUGUCCCCCAGGCUGGAGUGCAGUAGCAUGAUCUCGGCUCACUGCAGCCUCAACCUGUCGGACUCAAGUGAUCCCCUAGCCUCAGCCUCCCGAGUAGCUGGGAAUACAGGUGUGUGCCAGCAUGCCGGGCUAAUUUUUGUAUUUUUUGUAGAGACAGGGUUUGCCACACCGCCCAGGCUGGUUUCUUCUGGGCUCAAGAGAUCCUCCCACCUUGGCCUUCCGAAGUGCUGGGGUUACAGGCGUGAGCCAUCGUGCCCAGCCUGAAGAAACUUUCGUCUGAGAGGCCCAAAGAACCAGAUGCAUUCUGGUUCAAAGAAGAACAAAAACAAGUUCUUGUUUGGAAAGAAAGAUUGUUUAAAAGACAGCAUUCUUUCAGACUUAAUUCUAUUAUAACAAAAUUUCCCAUAAAAAAUCUCAGUGGGGGUUUCUGCCUCCUCGUGUCCUGGUGAGCUCCAGCUGAACCCAACCUUCCCAUAGAUAACGUCUAGAUUCUGGAUAAAAUCAAAAGCACCGCUGGAGAGUGAACUAAAGCAGGCAGAUUCUUGAGGGCUGUGAGAUUUAGAAGAAAGAAUAAGCUGGAGGUGAUUUCCCAUUUUUUACAGCUUUUGUCCUGAGGGCAGAACAAAAACAAUCAAGUAGGCCAACCAAAACUUCAGUAGAAAACCUGAAGUAUUUCUCAUCUACAGAAUCAGCAGGCAAUUUUGGCAGCCACAGCCACUGAGAAGUAAGGGGGAAAUCUCAGAAAGGACAUGGAGAGGGGGAGCCCCACAUUCUGUGAAACUCUGCUGAUGUCAUUGACCACUGAACCAUACAUGCAUGGGACAAACUGAACACAGAGCAAGCUAAAGAUAAAAGAGCUGAGCCGGCCAGGCGUGGUGGCUCACACCUGUAAUCCCAGCACUUUGGGAGGCCGAGGUGGGCGGUUCAUGAGGUCGAGAGAUCAAGACCAUCCUGGCCAACGUGGUGAAACCCCGUCUCUACUAAAAAUACAAAAAUUAGCUGGGCAUGGUAGCGCAUGCCUUUAGUCCCAGCUGCUCUGGAGGCUGAGGCAGGAGAAUCGCUUGAACCUGGGAAGCGGAGGUUGCAGUGAGCUGAGAUCUCUCCAUUGCACUCCAGCCUGGUGACAGAGUGAGACUCCGUCUCACAAAAAACAAACAAACAAACAAAAAACAGCUGAGCCAAGAUAAGACCUGCCAUGCAAGAAAGAGAUUUUGCAAUUUGAAUCUAACCAAAUUAAUCUGCUGCUGAGAUAAAUACAUCAACACUCUUUAGAAGACUACAGCAGGUCCUUGAAUAACACUUCAUUCAACAUCAUUUUGUUGUAACUAAGAAAAAAAAUCACUCUCAGCCAAGGCCACUAUCUGUGUGGAGUUGGCAUGCUCUCCACAUGUCUGCAUGAGUUUUCCUCUGGACACUGGGUUCCUCCCACAUCCCAAAGAUGUGUGCUUUCGGUGAACUGGCACAUGUUCAUGGUCCCAGUGUGAGUGUAUGUGUGAGUGUGAGUUGGCCUGUCAUGGGAGGGCAUCCUGACCAGGGAGAGUUCCCACCUGGUGCCCUGAGCUGCUAGGAUGGGUUCCAACCACCUGCAACCCAGAACUGGAAUAAGUGGGUUGGAAAAUGAAUGAAUAUGAAUUACAAGAAAAUAAAAAUUUGCCAAGUAUACAAUAAUCAUACAAAUGCCCAUCAACACAGUACAAAAUGUUUGCAAACAUUUAUUCUGUGAGUUAACUCAUCACUACUACAACCACCAUCAGUCCCUCCAAAAUUUGGGUGACUGAGAAAAAAAAAUUGACUCUGACUGCAGUGUGGAGGGUGAAUGCAUUCAUUCACCAAAAUUUGAGUAACUAUUUUGUUUUUAUUAAUCUUUCUUAAAUAUAUGUACAGCUCACGUUUAUUUUAGUGUUUAACAUUAGAAGUCUAUUCAGAAGUUUGAUGAUGUUUUUGUGACCAGAAAUAUGCUGUAGGAAUUUAACUCUGGUUUAUAUCAAUUAGCCUUUGUGAAAAUUGGUUCUGUUUUACAUUAUUUUGCUUAAAGUCACAUUUUCCAUGAACCUAUCGAUGAUGUGAAGUGAGAACUUACUGCAUGCCAAAUCCAGGGUCUUCACCAUAUAAUAGCUAUACUAUUCAGGAUACAGUCCAAAACUACACAGCGUAUGAACAAUCAGAAUGAUGUGACCCACUUUUAGAGGAAAGACAAUCAACCAAGACCCACCCUAAGAUGGCCCAGAUGUUGAAUAGUAAACACAGAUUUUAAAGCAGCUAUUAUAACUAUGUUCAUUGAAGUGAAUGCUAAAGGGAAAUAAAACCAGAUGGAAAUCCAAAUAUUCAAGAGGCAAUACAGAAAAUAUGAAAUUGCAAAUAUCUAAAGGAAUAUAAAAUAUUUUUUCCUCUUAGUUUAUUUAAAACAUAUGGGACUUUUAAAGCAAUAAAUUAGCUUGUGAAAUUUACAAUGCAGGUAGAUAUAUGUGACAACUGUAUCAUAAAGGAUGGAGAGAUUGAAGGACCUAUUAUAUGAGUUUUCUACAUUUUAUGUGAAAUGUUACCAUAUUAAUUCUAAUUGUACAAAGUUAAUUACGUGUUUUAAUUAUCUAUUACCAAAUUUGGGAAGUUUGCAACCAUUAUCUCUUCCAAUACUUUUUAUUUUGAGAUGGAGUCUCGCUCUUGUUGCCCAGGCUGUAGUGCAGUGGCGCGAUCUCGGCUCACUGCAACCUCCGCCUCCCGGGUUCAACUGAUUCUCCUGCCUCAGCCUCCUGAGUAGCUGGGAUUACAAGCGCCCGCCACCACACCCGGCUAAUUUUUGUACUUUUAGUAGAGACGGAGUGUCGCCAUGUUGGCCAGGCUGGUCUUGAACUCCUGACCUCAGGUGAUCUGCCUGCCUCGGCCUCCCAAAGUGCUGGGAUUACAGGCGUGAGGCACCACGUGCGGCCUCCAAUACUUUUUCAAUCCCAUACUCUUCCUAUUCUUCUGAGACUCCAGUGAUACAAACGUUAGAUUAUUAGAUUGUUAUUGAGAUCCCCAAGGAACAUAGGCCAGAUCCCUGAGGCUCUCUUCCUUUUUUCCAGUCUAUUUUUCUCUCUCUUUUGUUCCAAUUGAGUAAAUUUUAUUGAUCUGUCUUCAAGGUCACUGAAUCUUUUCCGUCAUCUCCACUCUACUAUUGAGAUCAUUCAGUGAGGUUUUAUUUCAAUUAUUAUAUUUUCCAUUUCUAUUACUUCCCCUUGGUUUUUUAGAAAUAUAAUUUCUGGGGUUUUUUUGCUAAGAUGUUCUAGUUUUUUCCCCUUUGGUUUUGGGAGCAUGUAUAAUUGAUUCUUGAACAUUUUUGUGACAUCUGCUUUAAAAUUGAGAUAAUCCCCAAAUCUGACGAAUCUCAGUGUUGUCCUCAGUUGAGUAUCUAGUCUCAUUCAGAUGGCUGUUUUCCUGGUUUUGAGCAUGACAGGUGAUUUUUUUUUUUUCAUCAUACCCUCGAUGUUUCAGUUAUGUUAGGAGAGUUUAGAUCCUAUUUUAAUCUUCUAUUUUAGCAUGCCAUCUGCCUGUUUAGGUUUAGUGUGUAGGUUCUGGCCUGCACUGUAGGCUUUGGUUUCAAUGACAGUGUCAUUUACAGAGCCCUUGCAAUGCAGUUCUGUUCUUUCUUCUGGUGCUGCUGUGGCUCCUUAUCAAUCCCCACUGGUGCAGUCUGCGGGCACAGGUGAUCCCCUGGGUUGCCUGCUGUUUCUGGAGUUGGGGAGAGCAGAUGUCUCUGUGCCUGUGUUUCCUUAUGCCACUAGGUGGAGGGAAGCAGUUACUAUUGUCCCACAUCAACUACAUUGACUCCCACAGCAGCAGAACCUGGACAGAGUUGUCAGAUUUCAGAGCCUGCAUCUGUUAGUCCUAUGCUUAACUUGGGAGAAGCAGUAUGGUCUGCUGGUAUUCAUCUCUUUGGAGUUUAUCUGCCCAUUUUCUGGUAUUUCAAACCAGCAUCACAAGAAUAUAAAAUAUUUUAAUGAUGGGAGAAAAAACUGACAGUCAGAUAGACUGUGAGGAAGACAGUGAUUUCGAGAGCCACUGUUUAUUGAACCUUUCUUUGCAACAGCCGCUGUGCUGAAUAUUUGCCACAGAUCACUUCACUUAAUUCUCUUGACCACUUUGUGUAAUAGACUUUGUUGCUGUUGUGGUGGUGUCGCUAUUUCUAAUUUUUCAGUUAAGGAGACUUGGACUUCUGUAGGUUAAGUAGGAAGUGUGUCUGUGUCACACAAGCCAUGGUUUGAAUGAACUUUGUGAAGCACUAAUGCCCACACCCUGAAUAAGCUAUUCUCCUUUUCAUUUAUUAAGGAAAAGUAGCUGUAGCCAGAAUUGCAUGUCUUUAAUAUGUACAAAUAUCUAAGAGUCAUCUAUGUAGGAAAAAUAAAGGGAAAAAAUACACAAAUGA